CGUUGGGAAAUACACACUUAGAUAAUGAAUUAAUCACACACACAGGAACAAACAAUAGAUACGGUUUAUUUAAUAUUAGGAAUAAAGAAAAUGGAAGUGUCGGGAAAGGUAACUUCGAAAUCGAUGGCAAACUUUAACCUGUACUGUAUUCCUUGUGACAAAGAUGGAUUAAAGGAACAAGCUUACGGAUUUUGUCAGGACUGCCAGGAACAUCUUUGCCAAACUUGUUUUCAACAUCAUAGAAAGUCAACGCCAUCAAGACACCACGUACUGCUUGAAAAAGACGAUAUGCCUACACAACAAACGACCGUUGGUGUAAAUGCAGACGUCAUUACUGACAGCUGUACCAACCAUAGGGAUAAACCACUGGAGUUCUAUUGUAACAAUCACAAAACUGUAGCAUGUUAUGUCUGUGUUACACGUGAACACAAACAAUGUAAAGUUGACUAUAUUCCUGAUGUUUCUGGUAACAUAUCUGGCGAGUUGAUAGAUUUGAACAAGAAGAUGAAAGAUUUAGCCAAGAAAUGUGAAUAUAACAUUAUGAAGGCUUCAGCUGCUACAAAGCAACUAGAACAAAAACGUGGGAAAGUUGUUGAGGACAUACGGAUCUUUAGGAAGGAAAUAAACGACCGUUUAGAUCAGUUGGAAGCGAUGAUGAUGACAGAAGUUGAAGCUGUUGUUAACACAGCAAAGUACAAAAUCGAGAAUAUGAAGGUUGCUAGUAAAAAAAUUGCCGAGGAAAUUAAAUGUUCAGAGUCAAUUCUUAAUGACCUGCAUAAAAGAAAAAAGCAGAUUAAGCUUUUCAUUGAAAUGAAGAAAGUCACACCUCGUAUGAUGACACUGGAAAGUGAAGAAAUACAGAUUGUCCAAGAUAACAUGACAUUUCACGAAAUUCAAUUUGAUCGGAACGAAAGGUUACUAUAUCAGCUGAAAGGUGAGAACAACUUUGGAACAAUUUCAACAUACAGAAAACGAUCAGAAUAUACUGAAAUAGGUGUGAAAUAUGAAACAUCGCACAACAUGACUUUUCCUUCUGAUAAAGAACGAAGUUGUGUCUCGGGGAUGGUUGUGGUUUCUGCAACGCAAAUGAUCAUUGCUGACUACGGUAAUAAAAAAAUUAAAACGAUAGAUGUAGGCACAGGGACGCUGCUGUCAGAGAAAACUUUGUCUUCAUCACCAGAAAAUGUUAUAAAACUUCCACAAAAUAAACUUGCUGUCACAUUACCUGAUGAAAAAUGUAUCCAGGUAAUGUCUUAUAAAGAUACAAGUUUGUCUUUAGAUCGUCGUAUAAAUGUCGGAGAAUCGUGUUAUUGUGUAGCUUAUUGUCAGGGAAUGCUAGUAGUAGGCUGUAAUAUUAAUCCAUGGAAGCUGGUUAUUCUGGGUUUAGAUGGGCAAUUGAUACAGGUGUUUUGUACUCCUGGCUUGUUUUAUGGACCAAGAAAGAUUGCUAUCAGCAGUGAUGAGAAGUUCAUGUAUGUGUCUGAUUACUUCGUCCUUGAAGGUAAAGGAAAGUGCAUGAAGAUAGACUGGUAUGGUAAUGUUGUAGCAAGCUUCACGGAUCAAGGAUAUGUUUGCCCUUAUGGAAUACAGGAGCUCGAAGAUGGCACGUUGUUAGUUUGCUUCUACAACAGUAACAAAAUUGUCAGAUUAUCAAGCAUCUUUAAGAAAUGUAAUAUCACAGGAUUAGAGAAAAUAAACAUUUCAUAUCAACGGGCUAUAACAUACAGUGAAAGAAAUCACAAAUUAUAUGUAAGCUGUUCUUCUGAGCAGGGGUUUCGUUCAAAUGAUACAAUAAAAGUAUUCAACGUGAAAAAGAUUAUUGCAUAGUAUGUUUUGAAUGUGAAUAUUAGCUUCAAUGUGGUACAUUCAUUGAUAGUUCUACACAUUAAAUUAUUAGGAACACAUUCAAUACAAAAAUACAUCUUGUAAUCAAAUUUGAUAUAUUAUGGAUAUCUAAAUAAAUAUUAUUUUAGAAAAAUGCAUACUGAAAGUAGAUAUCAUUUUUGUAAAAUUCAAAUGUGCGAUAAAUGUUGAUCAUUUAUAUACCAUGUUAAAGAACAACCUUUCAAUUACAUAUUUACAUCUCCAAUAAGUAUCUCAAUUUUGAAUUUAAUUGAUAACUCUGCUUUGAAGAAUCGUAAACCCUAUGUUACAUUUUUAGGUAUGCAAAGAAAAUAAUGUUAUUUUGACUUAUCCUUAAAUAUACAUGUAAUAAGCAAAUGUUGCAUACCGCUUUUAAUUCAAUGACAAGAAAAGGAAAAACAAUAUUUCGGUACAUGUGGACAGACAAGUGUAAGAUUUGUACAACAUGUAGUUACUAAAUGAUUAUUGUUGACUUCAUCAGUGAUUUUGAUAAGUAUUUAACUAUUGACAUGUCACAUAAUUUGAUAUCAGCUGAUUAUAAAAGUUAAUUUGUUGACCAUAGAUAUAUAUUAUGUUGCAGAAUCGUUACAUUUAAAAUGUUGAAUUUCAUACUGAUCGAGAAAAAGAAAAGCUUUUAAACAAUACAUAUUUAACAUAAUUAUUUGUGUAUUGUGGUAGUAAAAGAUAUGCUAUGUAGUGUUGUUUUUACAAAUAAUAACUGUAUAUAAAACUCAUGUUUGUAUGAUGUAUGAUGUACUGAGAUGAAUAAAUUUGAUUUA